AUGAACAGAAAACAAAAACAAGAAGAAAUGAGAAGAGAAAGAGAGCUCGAUCUUCAAUUCUUAAAUCAAAUACUGGAACAGCAAAAUUUGGAAGAAAUUAAAGAAAAGGCAAAGAGAGACAGAAUUAAGGAAGAGGCCAGACAAUAUCAAAGAUGGAUUUUGGAGAUGAUGAAAAAAGAAGAAGAGGACACAAAACAACUUGAUGAUUUAAUUAUGCAAGAAAAUGAACGAUCGUGGCAAAAACGUCUCGAGCAAUGGAACAAGGAACAGAAAGCUAGAGAGAAAUUAAUGCAAGAAGUAAUGGAAGAGCGACAAAAACAAAUUCAAGCUCGACUUGACGAAGCGAAAAGACGAAGAGAGGAAAGUCUUGCAGAGCGUGACAGGUUAAAACAAGAAAUGGUUGAAGCUCAAUUACGACAACAGGCUGAAAUGGAAGAGAAACGAAGAUUUUUGAAAGAAAACCAAGGUGAUAUUUUGGAUCAAAUAAGGUAUAAUGAUUUCAAAAAGCAAGAAAAGGAAAAACAAAAACAAGCUGAACAACGUGCUCAACUCUAUGCAGAGCAAAUGUACCAACAAAAACUCAAGGAAGAGCUCGAAAAGCUUGAAAGAGACAAGCCAUCCCAAUUUUCUCAUCUUAAAGUCAGAAAGAAUAAUAUAUUUUAA